AUGGCUGACCGCUCCGUCGUGCGCAUCUUUGACCUGAUCGAUGAGGGCAGACUCGCAUCGGCGGAGGGCCUGCUGGAUGCAGCACUAUCAAAGUAUCCCGACAACCACGCGGUGCUGGCGGCAGAGGCGUUGUUGCUGCUAAAGACAGACCAGUUGGAUAUGGCAAGGGAAAAGGCGGAGGCGCUGAGCGAGCAAAACGUGGUGGACGGGAGGGCUAUAAAUGCCCUUCUUCAUGUUCUGCAGCAUUGCUGUAGCUGGGAGGCAUUGGCACGCACGUACGAGCGCAUAAAAGGCAUUCAAAAUGAGAGAAAUAUGAUGGAGAACCUGCUGCAGACAUAUGUGCGCAUGGGUUCUUAUGACAUGGCACAAAAGACAGCAUUGCAACUCUAUCGUAGAUGGGGGGAUUCUCGCUACCAGGUAUGGGUUGUGCAGGCGAAUUUGUGUCAGGUCAAACCCGGGGCCACCGACGAUAUUCUUCUUAAACUCUCUUCAAAGAUGCUUGACACUACAAUCUUGACAGCCAAUGGUCUCAUUACGUCUUCCACGUCGAGGAUGUACGUUGAGGUGCUCCAUCAACAACAUCUAUACAAUGAAGCUGUGGUGUACCUCUGCAGUGCACGAGGGGCAACAGUAGGGGUCCCAGAGGCCCGACUGGAACUAUUGGCGACAACGCUGCACCGUGGCGGCGAUUUGGCUAGGGCCAAUGCGGUGGCAAAGUACCUCUGGAGCCGUCAACCUGACAAUUGGACAUUUGUGGAUUUGUAUUUGAACACACUGUCUGAAUGCGAUCUCACCGAUGUUGUCUUGGAGCUGGAUGGCCCCAACGAAGAGAGCCGCAUCUUUGUUCAGCUGUCCGAGAGGGAUCGCACGUUGACGGAUGCACUUUAUUUCUGUCACACUUUGCAGUCUCCAUCCUCGUCGUCCGGUGCAAUGCGACCGUGCCGUGGUCCGUUCAUGGCGGAGCUGGAGAUUCUUUUGCGCCAGGGUGACGCCGAUGCACUGCGACAAAAGACGAUUGCCUACGCGAAGCGUUUCUACAAUACUGCGUGCUGUUUCUUGGAUCUUUCGACAUAUUUGGACGAAACGUCAGCUACGGCAAUCUACACCUGGUCCUGCAGCGAGAUGAGUGCUGAGGAGGACGUGUUGCGUUACCACGCACGACGAAUUCUUGGGCUGCGUUGUCACGUGGCAAUGUGGGGCGCGGCACGGGAGCAGCAGCCGGAUUCCACGUCGAUGGAUGAUCUUUUGAGGGCAUGCCGCAAUGCCUACGAGGAGGCCAAGCCACUUUCUGCACAGCUUGCAUGGAGUGAGGAGGGUCUCUUCGAUGGAUACAUCACAGCUGCGCUUAACAUCGUCUUGCACGCCUACCAUGCGACGCGAGAUUUGGGGUGGGUGGAAAAAGGGCUCUUGUUAUUUGAGGGAGUGGACCGUAAGCAAAACAAUUCGGCCUGGCUCAUUUAUUCCGUUUGCUUUGCUCACCUCUUGGGUCUUGCAGACGUGGAGGCGUGUCGCCAGCUAGCCUUCAAGAGUGUGCAACACGACACCAUGUCUCACAUUGGGUAUUGGCCGCUCUUAGCAGGGGUUGCUUUGGAUGAGGCUUGCCAAUGGAACGAUCUUGCCUGGGAGCACUAUCGUGCACUGAAAAAGGAUUGCAGUCUGCUUCGCUCGAAGGUGUUUGCAUUUGUUUCGUGGCCAGCCAUGAAGGACGUUCAGGAGUUUGAACGGCGACAGACAAAUUCCAUCGCGAGAGUUGUUUGUGCGGUGCACCGCAUAGCUGCUGCGCUGCGGCGAUGCCAGACACAGCGCAAUGUGUUUGAUCUCAUGAGAUCGGAGGAGCACACGAUGGAGGAAGCUUUUGAGGCUCUUUGUACCACGCGGGAGAUGGAGCUCACGGACAACACGGACUGGGCCCUGGUGCGGUCCCUGGUGCUGGGAAACAUCCAUGGGGAGAAGGUGAAGGCACUGACGGACUCGUUGGUUGGCAUGCCCACCAGGGAAGAACGCAUCACUCACACACGCCAGCUGUUGGGCAGCCUUAUGCUACUGCAUGACGUUGCGUUGCUGGAGGAGUACCGCGUACAACUGGCAAAUGAUUCGAAGUUGAAGAAGGCAAAAAAAUCUGUUGCUUCGGCCCCAACAAAACCCUCCAUGCCGAAAUUUUUGUGUGAGGGGCGUUUCGACUCCAUGCCGACGCUUCCGAUGAUAAGCAGCAUCGCACCGACCCUGUUGGAGUUUGUGAGGGCGCAGGGGACGUGCGCUGUCAUGCCGCACACCACCGCUUUUGAUGAUGCCCUGCAGUCUGUUGUGGGGUCGCAGCAGCCUUAUGACUUUUUGUUUCCGGAGGCGUUUAUUUUGACCACUCUUCUGCAGGUUGGUGCGGUGUCAGCGCUGCCUAUUCUCGCAUGGUCAAAAGAUCUCCAGAACGCUCUCACUCAGCUGCAUGAUUUAUGCCCCGAAAAGAGGGCCGCAACCGCUCAAGGAUACGCAAAGAAGUUGUUUGAGGCCAAGGCAUCACGUGUGAAGGCGUUUUUGAGUGACUUGCUGCGCGACGUUGUUGCCGUAAGUCGUCGGCGGUGA